AUGUCAAAUAAAGAACAACUAUUCGUCAUCACCUCUAAUAAAUCAGACAUUAAAUUGUCUCUAGAUUAUGAGUACGAACUCGAUCGCAAUCAAGAAUAUGAAUUGGGAUUAAAGUAUUUCUCUGUUUACAAUUCCAUUAGAAAUAUCAACGAAAAAAAUAACCAAAUAAAAAUAUCAACAGAUAAUGGAGCCAUUAACGAAUACUUAUCUGAAUCCGCAGGAAGCGUCAAUGGUAAAAACAAUAUUCAAUUCGAAGGUAAUUUGAAUCUAAACAAAAUAAAAUUGAUAUUAAGAAAUAAUUGUCAAGUUGAUUUCAACGUAGAAAAUUCAUUGAAUACUUUACCAGGCUUUGAUAAAAAAAUAUACACCCAAUCCACUUUAGCACCACACAAAGCUAAUAUCGAGAAUGAUAUCGAUGUGAUAAAUAUACAUUGCAAUUUGAUAAAUGGUGGAUUUUUCAAUAAAUACAAACGUCAGAUUAUUUACAGUCUUCCAACAUUCACUGUUCCUAUUGGAUAUAGAAUUAUAGAGAAACCAUUUCAAACGACGUAUUUACCACUUAAUUCCUUUAUGAUUAAAGAUAUAAAUCUGGAAAUCAAAAUCUGGUAA